GUUUCCGCCAUUGUUUACAGCAGGUGUCCCUGCAUUAAUUUUUUUAAAUCCACUGCAUCGGCCGUCAUUGCAAGCAGCCAAAAUGACGGUGGGCAGGAGUUCAAAGAUGCUGCAGCACAUCAACUACAGGAUGCGAUGCACCCUGCAGGAUGGCCGCACAUUUAUUGGAACUUUCAAAGCAUUUGACAAACACAUGAAUCUCAUCCUUGGGGACUGUGAUGAAUUCAGGAAAGUGAAACCGAAGAGUAGCAAGAGUGGCGAGAAGGAGGAGAAAAGGGUUCUUGGUCUGGUGCUUUUGCGUGGGGAGCAUCUUGUCUCUAUGACUGUGGAGGGACCACCACCAGCUGAGGAAGGAAUUGCACGAGUACCACUCUCUGGUGCUGGACCAGGAGCUGGAAUUGGUCGUGCUGCAGGACGAGGAAUGGGUGGAGGACCUCACCAAGGACUUCAGGGUCCAGUCAGGGGUGUUGGUGGACCUGGAUCACAAAUGAUGAAUCCAAACCGCAGCACAAUGUCCGCUCCACCACAAAUGAGAGGUCCCCCAGGACGAGGUGGUCCACCACCUGGCAUGAUGGGGAUGCGAGGACCACCCAUGGGAGGACGUGGUGGACCAGGCAUGAGAGGGCCACCUCCAGGCAUGAUGAGAGGACCACCCCCAGGAAUGAGAAGGUAGAAGAGGCAAAGCACAAUGAAGCGUUUCUUAUCCAAGACAUCAGAUGUGUUAAAAUGUGUCUACACAAGAACAAUACUUGUUUGAAAGAUCAAAUGGAAUCAUGUUGAAAAUUGAGUGGACAACACAAUUAUGAUGACAAAUCUAAAACACUAUCAUCAAGGAUGAUUGCUUGUGGAGGACAAAUGUUUUCACGUUUGAGGAUCAAAUGUGUGAUCCAUAAUCCAUUAGUGAGGAAAGUUUUUUUUUAUUUACAUUCGUCAUUCAUUUAUAUUGUAAGAUAUUUUAAGUGAACGUGCAUGUGAGAGAGUUAUAAAAGUUGUAUGUGAGAAUGAAUGUUGAUGUGUGUGGUAAUGUGUGAAUGUGUGUGAAACAUUUUUUCAUGGACCAAAACAGUAAUCUGUUCCAUUAUUUGAGAUGUUGAAAGAGUUGACAUAAUGCAUAUUCAUCAGUUGUCAUAAAGUCGAGUAAAUAAAUGUAAAAAGUUGA